AAUGUCCUACAAUGGAUUCAACGGUUCCGUCCCUCCUUCCAUUUUCAAUAUCUCUACACUAGUCGAGCUGAACCUCGCGUUCAAUAAGCUGAGCGGAGAGCUCCCACCAGCCAUGGGAUCUUCCUUGGUUAAUCUCGAGUUGUUGUAUCUAAACAGCAACGGCUUCACUGGGCCGUUCCCGAGCUACAUAGGAAAUGCUUCUAAACUAUCUCUUAUAGAGAUAGGCAACAAUUCCUUCACAGGUGUUGUACCCGAUUUUGGCAACCUUCGCCUCCUCAAUACACUCAUAUUGGCAGGAAACCAUCUAACAGGGGAAUCUCCGGGUCAGGACCUCAGUUUCGUCUCGUCUCUCCAGAACUGCCAGUAUCUGGGGAGGCUAGACUUCUCAUUGAACAAACUCAACGGAAUCAUCCCACGUUCAGUCGGGAAUCUAUCUGCCUCCCUGCAGUACUUCAGAGCAUCUGGUUGCGGCAUCAAGGGCUCGAUCCCACCUGGAUUCGGAAACCUUAGCAGCCUAACAGCAAUAGAGUUGGAUAGUAAUGAGUUAAGAGGGUAUCUACCAAUAGAAAUAGGGAAAUUACAGAAUCUAGAAGCAUUAUAUCUUGAAAUAAACAAAUUGGAAGGGAGGAUACCAUCUCAUCUUUGCCAUAUGACUAGAUUGGGAGACUUGUACUUGAGCAACAACAUGCUUAGUGGUGAAGUACCUUCAUGCUUGGGGGAGAUGACGUCGCUUCGAAGAAUCUUCUUAGAUUCCAACAGAUUCAUUCGUUCAUUGCCAAAUUUGUGGAAACUCAUUGAUCUCUGGAGUUUGAACUUCUCGAACAACAUGCUAACCGGACAGAUACCACCGGAGAUACAGAACAUUAAAGUCCUCGUAGAUCUCGAUCUUUCCUCGAAUCAAUUCUCAGGCGAUAUCCCAAGCUCGCUCGGAGAGGCAGAGUCUUUAGAGACUCUGUCCCUGGCUCACAACAACCUUCAAGGAAGCAUUCCUCCGUCGCUUCAGAAUCUACGAGGCUUGCUGUCUCUAAACCUUUCGAAUAAUAAUCUGUCAGGAUCGAUCCCGAGUUCACUAGAGACACUCAGAUAUCUGAAACAGUUUGAUGUAUCGCGUAACAGACUGGAAGGGGAGAUUCCGACGGGAGGUUGCUUUUCUAACAUGUCAGCAUCAUCAUUCAUGCAGAACUCCGCACUCUGCGGCGUGUCUCGAUUUGAAGUGCCUCCAUGCAGAGGAGUCCGACGUGGUAAACAGAUCAAAUAUGUUUUGGUGGCUGUGGUGUUUGCAGCAGCGGCUGUCGCUAUCUGGUUUGUGUUGAGGCGGCGGGGAAACAGAGUGAAUGAACAUAAUCAUGAGAUGUCAGUAGUUUUGGCUUGGAGAAGAGUAUCAUACCGGGAGCUUCUGGAGGCGACAGACGGCUUCAGUCAGGUUAAUCUGCUGGGGAGAGGAAGCUUCGGGUCGGUGUUCAAAGGGAUUCUUCCUCCUGAUGGCCUAACCGUGGCAGUUAAGGUUUUCAAUGAAGAGUUGGAGAAGAGCUUCAGCAGUUUUGAAGUGGAAUGUGAGAUACUGAGCAGUGUCCGUCACAGGAAUCUGGUUCGUGUCGUUAGCUGCUGCAGCAACGUAGAUUUUAAGGGGCUGGUUCUUGAAUUUAUGCCUAAUGGGAGUUUGGAGAAAUGGUUGUAUUCGCAUAACUACUGCUUGGAUUUGCAGCAGAGAUUGAAUAUAGCAAUUGAUGUUGCGGUCGCGCUUGAGUAUCUUCACCAUGGCGGUUUGAACCCUGUUGUUCACUGUGAUCUGAAGCCGAGCAAUGUCAUGCUAGACCAAGAUAUGACGGCUCGUGUAUCUGAUUUUGGAAUUUCUAAGCUUUUCGAACAAGGAGAAGCUGUGAGGCACACGGUCACGUUGGCUACGGUUGGAUAUAUGGCACCAGAAUAUGGAUCAGAGGGGAAAGUGUCGACGAAGGGGGAUGUGUACAGCUAUGGCAUUCUGGUACUGGAGAUGUUUACGAGGAAGAAGCCGACAGAUGAUAUGUUCAACGAGGAAAUGAGGUUGAAAGAGUGGGUAAGUAAGGCAAUGGAAGAAAAUGCAGAGAUUGAAGCGGUGGCGGCGACUGGUUUGUUAUCUAGAGAAGAUGAACAUUUAGGUGCAAAGGUGCAAUGCAUCUUGUCCAUUUUUGAGGUGGCCUUGGGGUGUCUUGCCAUGUCACCAAGUGAGAGAAGUAACAUGAAAGAGGUUGUGAUUUCUCUCAACAAGGUAAGACACCACUUUCUAGAAGCUACUACAAGGCUUCCUCGGGCGGGAAGAGCUAGAACAACUUAAGGCACUCACAACGCAGGCCACAAAUCCGGGCUAGGCCUAUACCACAGAUUGGUCGAUUCCAUGUUGCUUGGACCAGUCCGCGCAUGUGGCACAAUCCUCACUCCCACGCAAUGUACGAUCCGUGCCCAUGCCUACGCCUCUGGCCUUGCCAAAUGUUGUAAGUGGUUGCGACUGCCCUUUAAUUACUACUAUAAGCCUAUAUCGAUACUUGCUAAGAUUUCCUAUUUGCAAAAUUUACAUAAUGCUUCCACAAAUUUUGAGAAUGUUUACAUGAUAUGUAGUUGAAAUAGCAUAGAUUAAUGAUUUUCAUGAUUAAGAGCAUCCGCAAUGGCGGACUUCCGCGCGGAAUUCUCACGGACGUCUGCCAUUAGGCGUGCCCGCCACAGAUACGGAAUUGGGCUGAGGACGUCGCAAGUCCGCGGCGUUAAGCGGAAUUCCGCAGGGACUUCCGCCAUUGCGUCGAUUCCCGCGGAAUUCCGCGCGGAAUUCUGCUUUAUUUCGUUUUUUUUAUUGCGUCGAGUCCGUGCAUUUGCCGACAUGCGCCAAAAAAAGCCCACGUUCGACUCCAGAACGAUAUUA